UAGAACUACCUGUUUACAUGAAGAACUUGAAAAUAUGAAAAUGUUUGUGUCCAAAACUGUUUUCUAUUAGGCUUUCCUAAUAAGAAAUUUAAAAUUUCAGAUUUAUUUGAACGUAAAGGCCCAAAAUGUUCUUUAGGAUAUUGGAUCCACUACUUGGUGUUUUCAAGUUUGUAUAAAUGAAUGAUUAUUUAUCAACAGACUUCAAAUGAAGUUAAAUGAACAGAAUAGUGCAGUUGUCUAUUAUUAAUUCUGUAACUUAUAAAGAGACGUGCACACAUUGGUGAAUUUCAAACUGACAAUGAAUACACAUCCUGUAGAAGUUGUGAUGCAAGAUAAUCAGGAUAGAAACACUGUGAUAGCAGGCUGUUGUGAUAAUGGUGAGAAUACUCAUGGGGAACUUGAAUCUUUUAACAUGCAGCUGUUAACAUCUAGUUUACAAGAGGAACGUGUACAUGGAAUUUCAAGAACAGUUGAGAGCAGGCCCUCUGAUGUCAAAAUUUUGGUUAACUUGCAAGACGCUCAAACUGUAAAUGUUGAAUGGAAAAAUCUCACCUACACAGUUCCAGAAGGUUACAUUUUUAAGCACAAGCAUAAAAUCAUAUUGAAUGGAAUAUCUGGUGAAGUUGUUAGUGGAGAAAUGACAGCAGUUAUGGGGCCAUCAGGAGCAGGAAAAUCAACAUUGAUGAACAUCCUGACUGGAUAUAUAACAAAGCAUGUGGAAGGAGAGACCCUUGUUAACAACACCCAAAGAGAGCUUAGUUCUUUUCGCAGGCUUUCUAGCUAUGUAAUGCAGGAUGAUUUUCUUCUCCCUCAGUUAACAGUAAAAGAAACAUUGACAGUUGCAGCUAAUCUCAAGAUACCUAGUGGUGUUCCUGUCAAUUAUAAACAAUUGGUUGUUUCUGAAAUUAUUGAUGCACUUGGUCUAAAAGAUUGCGCCAAUACAAAAACCUGUCAGAUUUCUGGUGGUCAGCGUAAACGCCUUUCCAUAGGUCAGGAACUCGUAAAUAAUCCAUCAAUAAUAUUUUUGGAUGAACCAACCAGUGGUUUAGAUAGUUCCAACUGUGACCAAUGCAUCACACUUCUGAAGACUCUUGCAAAACGUGGGUGUACAGUUGUUUGUUCCAUACAUCAACCUAGUGCUCGAAUAUAUGAAAAGUUUGACAAGUUGUAUAUGCUUGCUGAAGGACAAUGUAUUUAUCAAGGCCCAGUAAACAGUCUGGUAACUUUUCUAUCCUGUCAAGGUUUGGAUUGCCCUACUUAUCAUAACCCUGCUGAUUUUAUUACAGAAAUAGCUUCAGGGGAGUAUGGUGACCAAGUGGGAAAGCUUGUACGAGUAUUUAACACCCACAGAAUAAAUUGUAAAGACAGUACCAAACAACACUGUACCACCAUUCCUCAAUUGAAACCAAAUGAAGAUGAAAGAGCACAGUGUAAUAGUUCUUUGUUAAACAACAUCAAGGUUGAUCUGACAGACAUAUUGGUCAAAAAAGGUUACCCAACUAGCCUUUUUAAUCAGUUUUUGGUUUUGGUGAAGAGGACUUUUCUGUGUGUUAUGAGAGAACCUAUGCUGACUCAACUUCGCUUAGCUACACAUCUUGUAGUUGGUGUCAUGAUUGGACUUCUCUUUCUCUCUAUUGGUAAUGAUGCUGGGAAAAUGUUGAAUAAUUCAGCUUUUCUGUUUUUCACUUUGCUAUUCCUAAUGUUUACAUCAAUGAUGCCAACUGUGUUAACAUUUCCUCUUGAGACAUCGGUGUUCAUCAGAGAACACCUUAACUGUUGGUACAGUACAAAAAUGUAUUAUUUAGCCAAAACAGUUGCAGACAUGCCAUUUCAGAUAAUUUUCUCCCUGCUCUACAGUAGUAUUGUGUACUGGAUGACCAGUCAACCUUUCGAUUCAUUGAGGUUUCUGAUAUUUCUUGUUAUAUCAGUUCUUACAUCGUUAGUGUCACAAGCCUUUGGACUAAUACUGGGUGCUGCCUGUGAUUCUCAGACUGCUGUGUUUUUAGCACCAGCUUCCUGCAUUCCAUUCUUACUCUUCAGUGGUUUUUUCAUUACCUUCAAAACAAUUCCUGGAUACCUUCAAUGGCUCUCCUACAUAUCUUAUAUGAGAUAUGCUUUUGAAGGCUUAAUGCUGUCAAUAUAUGGUUUUGAUAGGCCAGAUCUGGAGUGUAGGGAUACUUUUUGUCCGUUUGUAGACCCAUCAAAUUUCCUGGAGUACAUGGACAUGAACAAAGUAAACCUGUAUUUUAACAUUAUAAUCCUUUGUAUAUUUUUUCUUGCCUUCCGCCUAGUGGCAUAUUUAGCAUUAAGAUUGAAAUUGACAUUUCAUAAAUAAGAUAUUUUCAGAAUGGUGAUAUUUUACUUAAUGUAUGGUGGAGCUUCAUUUUUAGCAAUUAUACAACAUUCUUUACAUACAAAAAGGAUAUUAAUUGUAUAUGUCACAUAGUUGUGUAAAACUAUUUACUUAGGACAAUGCUUUUGCUUUUUUCAAGUAACAUUUUGUUCUGAGUUAAUUAUGCUUAUAGGCUAAAUUUUCUGUUUAGUAUUGCAUAAAGUUUUUGUUUUAUAAGACUAAUGUAUAUACACAUGAAUACCAUAUGAUGUUGAUCAUAAUAUCUUUCUACAUGUACCAUAAAAUUCUGCAUCUUUAGAAUGAUAACAACUCCAACAGUCAAUCAUAUUUUUUUAAAGCAUUGGUAUUGCCUAAGAGUUUUAAAAGACUUUCAUAUAACUAUGUGAACAGUUACACUAUACAUUUAAGACAAGAUGAUGUAGAACUUGAGUAGUAAACUAUUUUUUAUCUGAUGAAUUGCAUAAAUUCUCUAUGAUCCAUUAUUAUAAAUAGAUUUUUUGUUGAACUUUUUUAGCUUUACAUUCCAGAACAAUUUUAUUCAAAAUGUAGAACUUGAGUAACAAAGUUUUUUUAUCUGAUGAAUUGCAUGAAUUCUCUAUGAUCCAUUAUUAUAAAUAGGUUUAUAGUUGAACCUUUUUUGGCUUUACAUACCAGAACAAUUUUAAUCAAAAUGUAGAACUUGAGUAACAAAGUUUUUUUAUCUGAUGAAUUGCAUGAAUUCUCUAUGAUCCAUUAUUAUAAAUAGGUUUUUUGUUGAACCUUUUUUGGCUUUACAUACCAGAACAAUUUUAUUAAAAAUGUAGAACUCGAGUAACAAAGUGUUUUUAUCUAAUGAAUUUCAUGAAUUUUCUAUGAUCCAUUAUUAUAAAUAGGUUUAUAGUUGAACCUUUUUUGGCUUUACAUACCAGAACAGUUUUAUUGAAAAUAUAUUAUGUAGAACCGAAAUGUCCCUACAUAUCUGAGAAUUUUAUUGCCACAUUUCCUGUAGUGGUUGUUAUACUCUUCACUUUUAUGAAAUAUUUUAUCUUAAUGUAUUAAAAUUCAAUUUUAUUUACAAGAAAUAUACACACAAAGUUCUAGUUUUUCAUCUAGCGUGGAAGCUAUUGCACAAGAUGCAGUGUGAAAAAUUUUAUCCUGAAUUCUGUUUGCUACUUUGUAACCACCAAUGUAUCAUCAGUUACUAUUAUUUAGUAAGCUUACAAUGCACAUUUCUUUAAAUUUCUGUACACUAUAUUUCUAGUGUCAAAUUUUGAAAUGUCACCAAAAAAUGUCAGAAUGAUUAGUUUCUGACACACUCAUUUCUCAUCCAAACAUCACUAUCAUAUUUUAGAAAAAUUCACCCUAAAAACAAAUACUUUAAUGUAAAAUCCAGUCACUUGUGAAUUAAACAAUCCCUAAAAUUUUAUUGUCCAGUACAAAGUACAAUUACAAAAUUAACCCUAUGUGCAUGGAUGGGGCCCAAAAUGUGCAUGCCAUGACCUUUUAAAGAAUGACAUUCAACAUGGUAUUGUGUACUUGAUGUCAGAGUUAUCAGACACUGUACUCUACACUGGUAAUUUACAAUAGUUCAUGGUGGAAGAGAGUUAAUACAAGAAACAGUAUUCAGGGACACUGAAAAAUGCACAAUUUACAGUUAAAACUCAACACUACAAGAGUACAUAGUCCACUUGUUAAUAUUUCUGUUAUACUUAAGAUCCAUUACUUUUUUACCAAAGGAUCAUAAGAAUUUGAUAAAUAAUACUUACUUUUUCUGUAAAAUUACUUCAUUUUACAAAUAUAUAAUUGUAGCCAAUAAUUAUAGGAUGAAAGAUUGCUUUGUUAAGAAUUCAGAUUUUAUGAUUGAUUAGAAGGUUGUUGAACAUUUCACAUGAAUAAUUAAUUUUCCAAUUAUACAAAAACUUUUUCUAUGGUAUUUAAUGUAUUCCAUAGUGUGGUUAAGGUUAAUAUUGUUUUUUUAGUAAUAAUUAUACAUUGACUGUCUUUGACUAAAAAAUUUAAAGUUACAUAUUUUAUUGGUUUUGCUUGUUAAUUUAGUAUGUCUGUUUUGUGUAGUUACUAAUAGUCUCAUGUUGUUAUAAGUGUGUGUGUUUAAAUGAACAAGUAAGCAGAGGGCUUGAAUGCAUGGUUCAUUCAGUUUUGAAUCUCUUGUAAAUUUCUACUUUAAAUAUAUUCCUCAUGAAUUGAACAAGCUACAAAAGAGCUUUAUUAUCUAUUAGUUACCCCUGUAUCACUCCCUGGGGAUCCCUAAGGGUAUAUGCCAGGUUUGGUGGCACACACACCCACUGACUUUUGUCAAAUAAUAGUUUAGGAGAUGUGACCAACUAUUAUUACACUACAUAUCCCUUACAAAAUACAUCACCUUCACCAGUUUCAUGUUUAGUACUUUUGAAGUGUAAUAAUGUAACCUUAGUGACUAUGAAUUAUUAAAGUUAUUUAAUAUAUAUGUAUACUUUAUUGUUUUGUUUUAUUUUUAGAAAAUAGUGCUUAUUGUUUCUCAAGGGCAAGCCAAUAAAUUUUUACCAAUGGGACAAAUACUUAUACCUAUAAGUUAGAAACUAUCUAUUUUUUUGAUAGUAUUAAGCAUAAUUUUGUGUUUAUUCUUAUUCAGUUUUAAGCAAACACCAUAACUCUUUAGAAAUGUAAUAAUUAAAAAUCUUUAAAUUUACCCAAGUUUCAAACGAAAAGGUGCAGUUUCUUUUUCCCUUCAAUUAACCCCUCUACACACGUGCACAUACAAACAAUUUCACUGUAUUUAUACAAGUGACAUGACCCAAUCCUGAUAGGGUCACAUAUUCAGAAUUGGCCACAGUUAAACUUGGCUAAUGACAGUUUCUAACAUAAUUUUUUUAUUAUUUUUUGUAUCAGUUUAGUGUUUAUUAUAUUACAAUGGAUUAAUUUUGCAUCUUUAACAACAUAUGUUAUUAUAAUCAUAUACAGGCUUUUGUUAUAAUGUAAUAUGUUCAUAAAUUAAUACACUGGUUAGUUUUAACAUGUGGCUAACUGGCACUUUUUGUAGUGGGGUAAUUCAAAAAUAAUCUCAGCUCAAAGUCAUUUAGUCUUCACAAAAAGAAGAGGUUCAUGGAUCUAAUAUGCAACAAGACAAGUGAAGCAAUUUGUUGUUGGCUAAAUAAGAGAGUCAAGGCAUGAUGUUAAAAUUCAAAAUAAAACUAUCUAUUGAAGCAAAGGAAAUUUAGAUACAAGUGAUAAUCAGAGUGGUAGAACUGUUGCAUAUAAAAGAAAUAAAGGAAGGAAAUGUAAAUAAAGUAGAAAAAUGAAUCUACAGCACAUAGAUCAGAAAAUAGAAAUAUACACAGUGAAACAAAUAUGGAAUUCCCACAACAUGUCUUGGCUCUUUUAGAAAAAUGAGCUGCUUUCCAUAGGAGUUACAGCAAAUCUCCUUUGAAAGGGCAUCAGAAUGUGGUCCAUGUUGCAAGUUACUUAGGACACAAUGCAAGUAUCCCAUGUAACAGUAAAGAAGUUCUUUAACUGGUCCAGCUACAAAAAUAACAUCACAAGGUGAAUUUAGCACAGUAUCUUAAUUGGAUUUAGAAUUUUCCAAAUUAGUACUUUAAAAAAUGAUAAUUUUUUUAAAUUUUGUGUAUAUUCUAUAGGUGAGUAAGACAUAUUUGCAUAUUACACUGAUAUCAAUGUAUCUUACUGUAGCAUUAAUUCAGUGAAUGGGAAGCAGUGAACAUUUAAAAAUAGUACAGUUUCUUGUGCUAUUAACAAAAUUGUUAUGUAGUUCUGCACAUGACACUUGCAUUAUGAUGUUACAUACAGGACUACUCAUUCCAAAUUUUUCUUAAUACAUCUAGAAGUAACACUUGAAUUUGUGGUCUGCAAGUUGUUCAAGAAAACUAUGUUUAAAUUAAGUUUUGAUAAGUCUGUAAUGGAUGGAUUAUGCAAGGAAUAUGUAUAAUGAUUAAUAUAAUUGGAACAAGUAAGUAAAUGAUACAUAUAUAUUUUUGUGUAUAAUGGUAUAAUUUACAAAAAUAUGUUACUGAUGUAUGUUUACAUUGCUAGCAGCUUUGUAACCUGUAUGUAAGUAAAUAGAAAUAGAAAAAUGGAUAAUAUAAUUGUGACAAUAGUUUGAUUUGAUUGAUUUUUAUGACAUUUAUAAAUCAUUUCAUUUUAACAUUUUUUAUUUUGAAUUUUUGAGUCUCAAUGACCUGACAAUUUGCCUGCUUAAAGAUUUAGGUACUUUUAUUAUUUUUCAAUCAUUUUGAUUCUUGGAAAGAAGCUUUGUUAUUUUGUUUAUUGUUAUUAUACCUUUGUCAAGAGGUAAAGAAGUUUAACAACCUUAUUUCAAUAUCCAUGUUAUAUAUGUGUUUUUACAAUGACAGUUAUAUGUAUUUUGUAGGGAUGCAUGGGUACCUGGCCAGAUACUCGGCCCUGGCUGGUUAUUGAGCGACCUGGUAAUACUCGGCUCUGGCCAAGUGUCAAAUUAAAACAUCCAAAUCCGGGUAAUUGAAAAUGGCAUCUAUGCCCUAACCUUACGCAGUACUAAAAGUUACAGUCAAUAAUUGGUUUAGUUGAUAAAAUGUGUUCUGAGCAACAAAGACUGACCGCCCACUGAAAGUUGGGGAUUCAGAGAAAAAUAGAGGUUAAUAACAGGCGUGGCUUGAGAAUUGGAUUUCUGGGGAAGGUGGGUGUUUGAGAACAAUAGGGGUAAGAGUUGAGAAGUUGGGGCUAGGCUUUAAUCGGAAUAAUGAUUCUAAAAUGUGUCAACAUCACUUACUUUCACUGGCCUCACUUUUGGAAGUCAAAUGAAGCUCAAUUUCCCACAAUGGUCAGGAUAGCAAGGCAUUAUCUCUCCACACCUCCAACCAGUGUAGCCACUGAAUGGGCUUUUAGUGCCACGGGCAACAUUAUCACACACGAAAGGUCAAGGCUUUUACCUGAAAUCGCCAAAAAUGCUACUGUUCCUCAAGUACAAUUUAAACAAAUUCCAAAAAUACAGGCAUUCUGCAAACUGGUAUGCACAUUUUUGUUAGUUAAUUUUGAAAGUUGAAGGUAAAACUGGAAUGCUCUAUUGGUGAUUAUUUGGUUAAAUGUAAUAAAUGUCAAUUUUGUUUUUGUUUCUAAUUUUAGUUUUUUUUGGGGGGGGGGUCGAAGGGAGAAUCCAGUCCCAGUUGACACUCUGCCCCGGCCAAAGCUUAGUGACCCCGUAUUCCUAGUAUUUUGAGAUACUUGUGAUAUUAUAUCAUGUUACUUUUUUAUUAUAUUUACAUACAUACAUACAUAUAUGUAACUUUUUAUUUGGGUAGAAAAUAAAGGAAAUUACAACCAGUUGUGAACUUGAGCAGCAGUGUUUAUAAAAUCAUUGAACCAAAGUUAUGUAAUCUUUACCAUUUACUUACAUUAUAAUUUUAAAACUGAGUGAUUUCAAAUGUUCAAGAAUAUACUUCGUGUACCCAAUAACUGGUUGUCAUUUUAACUGGUGUCAAACAAAAAUUAAAGACUGCAUCUCAAACAUGUUAUGUGGAAAGUUUCAUAAUAAUAGAAGUUAACCAUCAAUCAUUAUUUCUCUGACAAAGUAUUCUCCUCAUCAAAGAAUGAA